GCAAGAAAGAUGGGUAUAGCGAAUUUGUUGAUAUAUCUUCGUCCACUAACAAAGGAUAUAACUUUACAAAAAUAUGCAGGAAGUGUUGUGGCUGUCGAUGCUAUGUGUUGGAUGCACCGUGGUGCUGUCGCAACGGCAACUGAAUUAUGGAUGAAUACAAAACCAAAUCCCAGGUUUAUUGUGUUCUUCAUGAAGAUGGUUAAUCUUCUCUUACGUCAUAAAAUCAAACCUGUCAUAAUCUUUGAUGGGCAUAAAAUUCCUAUGAAAGCCGCUGAGCAUGAGUGUCGAAAAAACAAAAGGGAUGCUGCUAAUGCUGAGGUUCAAACGCUUUUGAGCAAGGGAGUCAAACCAAGUGACAAAAGAGUUCGAAGUAAACUAGUGGAAGCUAUUAAAGUUACUGAGGAAAUGAUUCAAAGUGUUAAGGAGGCACUAAAAAAUGCCCAUGUUGAGUACAUUGUAGCUCCAUACGAAGCAGACGCUCAAUUGGCUUAUCUUUGUCGUGCCGGGUUUGUAAAAACAGUGAUAACUGAAGACUCUGAUCUGUUAGUAUACGGCUGCCCAAGAGUGAUAUACAAAUUAACAAAUACUGGAGAGUGUCAGGAAAUAGAUGUAUCAUCUUUAAAGACAUUUAGAAUUCUGAAUCCGAUCAGCCAGCAGGAAUUGACAAAUAAUGAUAGUAAUGCUAAUGUGCUGCAAACGCAUGAAAUAAAGUCUUCGACGGAUAUAACACUUAUAUCAAGCAGCGAUAACGUUUUCCGCACAGUAUCGAGCGGUAGCGAGAAAGUAAAUGAUGCUUUUUUGUUUGAAACAAAUUUAGAUAAUGAUGCCAAAAAUUUAGUGAAAGAAUUGAACUGUCUUGAUUAUCCAAUGUUUAUUUCAAUGUGCGUUCUGAGUGGUUGUGAUUAUACUACCGACGUACAUGUUCCGGGUAUUGGUUUAAAAUCAGCCUUUUCCUUCAUUUCUCGGUAUCGAACAUUACCUAAUGUAUUUAAUUUUUUUGAACGUGACCCUAAGUGGAAAAAAAAACUAAUAGAGGCUGGCAGUUCAUCAAAUAUCCCGAGUAUCAAUGGAGUACCACAUCAUCUGCGAGUUCCCAUACAGCAUAUGAUUUCUCAGUUUGUCUUUCAAUAUCACUACGUUUAUAAUCCUUUACUUAAAUGCGUCACGCAUAUUUCGACAGCGGAAUUUCCUGGCCCCGAAGUUUAUACUACUGUGGAUUUAAAAAACGUCGAGUUUUUCAAUUAUUCAGCAAACACGGUAGAUUUUCUGGGAAGUACCACACGUGAAGAUGGAGAACCAUUAGCUGUUCAUGAAAUAUUUGAUAAAAAGAAAGAUAUGGUAUCGCUUUGGAAGUUACAAAAAUCGAAUACGAUAACAAAAAAUUUGGUUCCCUCAUCAAAUAAACCUCAAAAAUCCUUACGUUUAUCAGAAAAACGAAAACAUAAAGAUUUGGUUUAUCAAGAUAAAAAAGAAUCUGAGAUAUUAGAAACUACACAACAUGAGACUCAGGUCAAUUCAACAAAUCGAUUGACUAAAAAACAACGAAAUGAGCAAUUUAAUGUGGACCGCUUUGUUUUAAGUGACUCAAGCUUUUCAACUGAAAUCACAAAAAAUGAUGAUCAAGUUUAUAAUUUUCUUAAUCAUUUGACGAACAAGUCACAUGAUGCAAUGAAAAAAAAACAUUUAAAUGCAUCUAGUUCUUUACGUUCAUGGGGUCGAAAUACACCGGAAACAUUGAUUCUAAAUACUUCUACAUCAUCGCCUCGUCGUCGUGAUAUCAUAGCAGAGGCGUCUUUAUCAUAAGCUACUAAGAAUCAUGGCAACGCUUUACAAAAAAUGUCAUUUUUUUAUAGCAGUCUACUACAUAAUUUCUUGUAUUUUCGAUAUUGGAUUUAAAAAAAAUAACUGACAUUGCCAGGCAUCAACCACUUUACUAAGUUUAAUUUCCGCAACCUAUUUUUCAUUCAUUAAACAAUCCAAGUUAAACUUUUGUAAUGUUGACGAAAGGAAAACAUUAAAAUUGUUUCAUAUAUAUAUAUCCCAUAAAAUAUCUGUAGUAUAUCAAUGACAUGUAAUUAACGUUUUUUGUUUUGUUUUUUUGAAUGUAAACAUAAUCCUCUGGGCUGUUUCAUUAUUAAAUGGCGUUAAGAUACUUCAAAAACCGUUUCAGCUAUGAUUCAUCAAGUUUUGUUACGAAAA